CUUUUUGAGAGUUUUUUAGUUACUAGUGCAUAAUGUCAGAAACAGCUUCUUCUUCGCCACCACACCUAACACCGGUAACAAUACCUCUGGGUCAUAGCGUUACUUCUUGGUGGAUUGGUAUUGUUCUUUCCGUUCUAGGUUCAGUUGGUACCAAUUUGGGAGUGAAUCUUCAAAAGCUUGCCAUCAAUCAACGUCUUAUGUUAGCUCCUUCACAAAGAAGAAGACUUUCUCAAACUCCUUUGUGGUUGUUAGGACUUUUUUUGUUUCUCUUUAGCAACGUUACCGGCUUCUUCUCAUACCGUUAUGCUGCUCAAUCUGUGUUGGCUGGACUUAGUUCUCUUCAAUUCUUGAGUCAUGUUUUAUUCGCUCGUUUCAUUCUGAAAGAACAGACAGAUAUGAACGCUUAUUAUGGAACUGCAUUGAUUAUAUCGGGUUGCUUUUUUGUCGUUUUGUUUGGAAAGCACGAAGCCAGAGCUUAUGAUGUAGAAGACUUGAUUCUAUUGUUUGGAAAGUCACCGUUUGUUUGUUACGGCUUUGUUAUUGCUUUUAUUUCGGUGAUUUCAUCAACAACUUAUACACAGAUAAAGCAGAAAGUUGCUAGAAGACAUGGCGUCGCAAAGUUCGAGCCAACUUUGGCUUCUCUUCGUGAAGGACAAUUUCUGGCUAUAUUAUAUGCCCUAUCUUCCGCAGUUUGGGGUACUUUUUCGGUUGUAUUGGCAAAGGGAAGUUCCAUGUUGUUUGCCCAAGUGAUAUCCUCUUUUCCAGGUCCACUAACUUACUAUGAGACUUACUUCAUUCCAUUGGGUUUGACUGCGGCAGCUCUAUUCUGGAUGAAUCGACUGAACCAUGCUUUGAAAUUGUUUGAUGUGUCUUAUGCCUUUCCAAUGAUGCAGAUUUGUUGGAUAUUGUUUAGUUUAUUGGCAGGAGGCAUUUACUAUGAAGAAUUUCUUCAGUGGAAUAAGAGAGAUAUUGGUUUCUUUGGUAUAGGUAUAUGUCUUCUAUUUGGAGGUGUGGUUCUCAUUUGUCCCGCCGCAAAGAAAGAUCACCGAACAUUGGCUCAAAUAUUUUAUGAAAAUUUGGUGAAUGAAGUGAUUCGACCACCUCCCGCUUAUUCUCAAAACAACGCCAAUUCAGCAGAGUCCAAUAAUCUUUCCUCCGUAGAAGAAAACCAUCCCACCAAGAAUCUGUAUAGACCAUUACCUGGUAACCAAACUGAUUUCAUUUAAUCAGGAGUUGUGAUGUAGCGAAGAAACUUGUUCUGGUUGUUGUUGUUGUCGUACUGUUAUAGAUACUGCUUUUUGUACAGCUUCUGCUGCGUGCAAAGUUCUCAACUCCAA